UGCUCUUGCAGUUUAGAGUUUUCGACUUAGUAGUUAUUGAAACGGCAAGAAGGCGACUUACAGGUGGGUUGGACACUUCAUUCGUGAGUCAAGUCCCGGAAAAGACAGGCCGUAAUAAAACAACUUUUUCUGUUUAUGUGUUGGUAUAAUUUUUAUUUUAAAGUUUUAUUAUACGUUUGAUAACGUUUAUUUGCUUGACCUCGAAUUGGGUAGAUAUUUUGUACUUGAUGAAAAUUUUUAUUCGUGCCAUGUCGGCAAAGAAAUUUUUUAACCUAAGCAGGUAUGACUUUUUGGGUUUCGACUUGGACAACACACUGUGCAUGUACAAGUUAAAUUAUUUAAUAAACAGUCAAUACGAUUUCAUGUCCGCUUUUCUGUCGAAAGAGAAGAAUUACAAAGAUAUUCAAAGGAAAAUAACCGUUGAGGACUACAAGUUCCUGGGUCGUGGUAUAAUGAUGGACGUGAAGCGAGGUAAUCUGCUGAAGACUGACCAGAAAGGCUCCAUAUACAGAGCCACGCACGGGACGAAUGUACUUGACGAAAAGGAAAUCGAACGGAUUUACGGACCGGAGAAAAAAUGGACGCACGUUUUGGACAUUGCCAAAGAAAGAAGGAUGGUUUUGGAAGGAGGAGAUUUAUCGAAGACAAAUGUUUACACGUCUUCUGAUUUUACAGACAUCUCUCUUCCUCUGGUGUAUGCUAAAGCGGUUGAUUCGUGUCCAGGCAAUGUAGAAGAGGCAUGGCCAGAUACAAUUAACUCUUUGAUCACUAUGUACAAUACUGGAUCGAAUUGGAAGAAACAUUUGGUGGACAACAUUGAUUUAUUUGUUUACAGAAGGGACCAGAAAAUAGCAGAUUGGCUCAAGUCACUUAAAGGUUCAAAAUGUACAGGUGUGAUCACGUCAUCAGAUGCAGUAACUGCUGAUAGAGUUGGGUCUACCGGCUUGGGACCACAGUGGAAAGAUCUUUUUCACUUUAUCGUCUAUUCGGCACACAAGCCUACUUUUUUCGAAUGCACCACACCAUUCAAGAGCGUCAACUGUCCGUCAGAUUGCCAGAACAAACCUUUUGAUUUGGCUGGAGAAUACACAGGUGGAUCUUACUGUGAGAUAGAAAAGCAACUGGCUAAAAAGUUAGGAAGGCAACCUGUUUCAGUAUAUUUCGGUGACAGCGUACUCAGUGACUUGUUGUUAAAUUCAGUCGACACUGUCGCCAUCGCUGAAGAAGCAAAAGCUGAAAAUAUUUUCAAAGGAGAACAUCCUCACAAAGACGUACUCUUGUCAAGCCUCUGGGGAUCUUUCUUUUAUGGAGGGAGCAACAAGACGGUUUUUGGAGAUUUGAUUUCAAAUACAAACUUUUGUAUUCCCGAUCUUGAAUAUUUUAGCCAUUACCCAUUGGAUUUUUCCCAUGUACCUUUUUGGGGAAAAAAUUCAAAGGAUAAUCAGCAAUCUUCAUAAAUUGUUAACCAAGAAGUCAAUUUUAUUAUGUACAUGUAACUAAUAUUAUUUAAAUUCAUACAUUGAAAUUGUAAGUUUUUAUUAUAAGGAUUAUUAUAUAUAAUGUUUAAAAACAAAUUCAAAUAAUUUUUUAUAGUAAUUAUACCUGUGUUUGUUUGAUAUGUAAGAAAUUUAAAUGUUUUAUUAUAGUAAUUAUACCUGAGUUUAAUAUGUAAGACUAUCAAAUUAUCAUUGUAUCUUGUUUUAUAAACAAAUAAACUAUUUUAAUUGGUCAGCUUA